AUGAUUAUACUACCAAAUACACCACCAUUACCAUAUCAUAUAUCUAACAAUAUUAAUGGUUUAUCAAUUGAUUUGUUGAAUAUUAGAUCUUCCUUAUAUUCAUUGAAUUUAUCAAAUUAUAAUGAAUCUAUUAAUUUUGUAUUAAAUUUAGAAUUAUAUUUACAACAUAUUAUAAAGUUUAAAGAUACAAAUAAUAUUGAUUUAUCAAAUAUAAUUAUUGGUGAUUCAAUUCCAUGGUCUAAUUUGAUUUAUAAAUCAAAUGAGAAAAAAUUUAAUAAACUUAAAAGUUUAAAAAAAACUUCUGAUAAAGAUGAUAAUAUUGAUGUUAAAGGGUGGUCAUUAUUUAAUGAAUUACAAAUGGUUUUAAUUUCAUUAUCUUUAACUUAUAUAAGAAUUGGAUCAGAAAUUACAAACUCAAUUAUAUGUAAAGAAAUUGAAGAACAAGAUAUUAUUAAAUCUUAUGAUAAUAGUUGGAAAUUAAUCAUGAAUUAUUAUAAGAAAUCUAUUUCUUUAAUGUUAUAUGGUCAACAAUUGGAAGAGAAUUCAAAUUGUGAAAAUUUUAUAAUUCAAAAUUUAAACUUUACUUUGAUACAGAAAAUUGGUGAUAUUUCAAUUCAACUAACAAUUUUAUCUAAAUAUUGUUGGUAUAAUAGAGUUGAGUUUAAAUUAAAUGAAAAAUUAUUAUUGGAGAAAAACACUAUUUUAUUUGCUAAAGUUGCAAUUUAUAUAAUAAAUGAAUUAAAAACGGUAAAGAAUGUAAUAAGCAAUAUGAUUAAUGAAUCACUGGAUAAUGUUAAUUUAAAUACAAAUGGUUGGAUUAAUUAUCUUUCAAUUGUUGAAAAAUAUGCUAAUGCUUAUGGUGGAUUUUUCUUAUCAAUUCAAUUUUAUAAAGAAAAUAAAAUUGGAAAUUCUAUAGGUUUAGUACAAUAUAGUUUAUUAAAUUUGCAAAGUAAAAAAAUGGAUUUAAAAGCUAAUAAUAAUAAUAAUAAUAAUAAUAAUUUAUUAAAUAAAUUUAAAUCAAAAUUUAAUGAUAAAAGAAAUGAACAUAUUUUAUCAAAAUUAGAUUCAAUAUCAACUUUAAAUAUUGAUAAAUCUAUUUUUAAAGAAAAAUCAGAAAUUAUAUUAAAUGAUGUUUUUAAUUUAUUUGAUAUUUUAAUCAAAUUAAAUUUAAAAUUUACUAAAGAGAAUAAUACACUUCAUUUUGAUAAUGUAAUACAUUAUAAUGAAGUAAAUAAUGAUUCAAAAUGGCCUAUAGGAUGUAAAAUACCAAUAACGUCUAUUAAACCUUUUGAUCCAAAUAAUACAAAUGAUGAUGAUGAACAAUUGGAUUUAUAUAGUGGUAAAGGUGCAUAUUAUUAA